UUUUUUUUCUCCAUAUUCUUUUUAUUUUUUGUUACUCCCUCCACUAUCUAUUGUGGACUUCGUGGAGAUGGUACUUCGAAAAGUUCGGAGCCUCGACAAUGUACCGGGACCUCAUCCACAUGGUCGAGAGGCAGCUCCUCAAGAAUGCGAUGGACAAAACGAUAUACCUGGAUGUAAUUUGGGUAUAGCAGGAGGAGCGGCAUUGAAACCCGACACACCUGAGGUGUUGCCGAGGACUACUGAUGACCCUGCACUUGCAGUUGAAACCAAUGGCCUUGGAGGAAGCAACCCAACAACUAUACAAACUUCCGACAUCAUAACAUCUACGAUAUAUCCAAGUCAAAGUGUAGAUCCUACUCUAUCGACAACUGUAGUCAGCUCAGAGCCAAGCUUGGUGACAGCAGGAAGUGUGGAAGGACCAGCACACGAUAACAGCGGACUCACGACAGGAGAAGUAGUGGGCAUCGCAGUCGGGACUCUAUUUAUAGGUGCAGGACUCGCAUUUAUUGCUGCAUUCUUCCUUUUCAAGCGACGGAAAAGGCAGCAGAAUGGCAACAUUGGUGAAAGGGGAUACCAGGGUUAUGGAGAUUCGGUGCCUGAGUUUACCAUGGUUCAAAAGAGCGUUGGCAGCUUAGGAGACAUGCAUAGCCCUUACGUACAGGUGCCUCAGACACCAAUGCUAGCUCGACGACCCAUUCCACCCGCGAUCCCAGCUCCGGUAAAUAUGGAUCACACAACACAUACGGAUAUGGCUGGUUUCUUGCCGCCUGUUGCACGAGACAGCGAGGUGUGUGAUAGGGUAUCCGCGCUGUUUGAGAAGAUGCAUGAGCAUGUAGAGCGAAACUAUCGCGACAUUCAUGCCAGCAUCACACCGAGCAUGGAAUCUGGGAUUGCUAGUUUUGGAGCAAAGGGCGUCAAUAUGACGGAAAUGUUGCAAGAGUGCUCGAACCCGACUACUGCGCUCAAGCAUGCACUCGUGUCGUAUGUAAUGGCCAUAACGAGUUCGAAAAAGGAUGAAGAACACACGGGGACAUUAUUCCCCGAAGAACUUGGUAGUAUAAAGUCGGAGAGGCACAGCAGCAGCUCCGACCCAGGCGUGGCGGCAGCAGCCUCUUUACUGAAACGAACCUCGGUGUACCUUUACACCAGUACAUCUGGUACACCCGAGUCGGCUCAAUCGUGGGCGAUUCAAUCCAGCGCUCGCGAAGCUGCUGAACACUUUUCCAUGACGUUUUUCCCUUGGGCCAAUCCCACAUGUAGUGACCAGCAAAAAGACGAAGACCUUACAUCUAUUAUUAUAGAAGCACGAGAGAUAAGCAUAUGGUUGUUUGGACAGCCAUAUGUAUAUGAGUUUGAAUGGGGCGGAGCUGGUAGAAGAGGAGUACUUGUUAGUCCAGGACUGGUAAGGCGCACACACGCAACUGGCGAUGAUGAGCAGGAAACGAGGGUAGUGGAAGGCGCAGUUGUGGGUAUGUAGACUAAACAUAUGGAUCCCAUUACGCUCCAUUGCCAAUGCUUCUCCUUUGACCUGGAACGGUGUAC